AUGGCCGAAACAUCAACACCAGAAAAGCAGCCUGUCCCGCCAAUUGAGGUCCUAUAUUGCGGAGUGUGCACAUACCCGAUCGAAUACUGCGAAUUCGGCUCGCGUUUCACCAAGUGCAAGGAAUGGUUAGAGAAGACCCAUCCCGACUUGUACCCCAAGUACUACUCUGAAGAGGCGUUGCAGGCCAAGCUCGGCACCCUGAGUUUGGAGGCACAGUCGAAGCUGGAGAAGGACACGGCCAAGAAGGAAGCAAAGGCGGAGGCUAAGGCGGAGGCGGCAGAGAAGAAGAAGAUGGCAUCACAAGUCAUCAUCAAGCGAAUAGAGCGCAAUAAGCGCAAGCACGUCACCGCUAUUCAAGGCUUAGAAGCGUUCGGUGUUGACCUAAAGAAGGCCGCUAAGCUGUUCGCGCAGAAGUUUGCUACCGGCGCAUCCGUCACCAAGAACGCGGCCGGGAUCGAAGAGAUUGUCGUGCAGGGAGAUGUUUCGCAGGAAGUGUUCGAUAUGAUCGACGACGCGCAAGAAGAGGGGGCUGGCGGCAAGGGAAAGAAGGGCCUCGACUUGCUCAAGGGUGUCGUUAUCGAGAACGUCGACAUCGUCGAAGAAAAGAAGAAGAAAGCGGACCAGUAA